AUGCCACCUGUGCCGUGGACGCUCGUGGCCCGGGCACACAUGGAUGCGGUGUACGUCUCGGUGGAGGUGGUCAUCGGGCUGGCCUCGGUGCUGGGCAAUGUCCCGGUGGUGCUGCUGCUUGCCUUCAACCGGGCCUGGCGGGAGACCACCUUCUGCUUCGUGGCUUCGCUGGCGCUGGCCGACGUCGCCGUGGGGACGCUCGUCAUCCCGCUGAGCGUGCUGGUCAACCUGGGCGUGAGGACGCCGUUCCACGCCUGCCUCUUCCUCUCCUGCCUGCUCCUCGUCAUCACUCAGAGCUCCAUCCUCUCACUGCUGGCCAUCGCCGUCGACCGCUACCUGCGGGUCAAGGUCCCCACCAGGUACGGUGUCAUCAUGACACAACAGCGGGCGUGGGCGGUGGUGUGUGUGUGCUGGCUGCUCUCCAUCCUCACCGGCAUGGUGCCCAUGCUAGGCUGGCAUGGUCAGGACCCGCAAGGCAACCUCAGUGCGGGCAGCAUUGUGUGUGAGUUCUCGGCUGUCAUGCGACUGGACUUCAUGGUCUACUUCAACUUCUUCGGCUGCGUGGUGGCGCCGCUCGCCGUCAUGAUCAGUUUGUACACCGAGAUCUUCCGCGUCAUCCGCUGCCGCCUCGGCCGGCGCGCCAAGACCGCCGGCGAUGCCGGGAAGUACUACCGCCGGGAGCUGAGGCUGGCGAAGUCGCUAGCCCUGGUGGUGCUCCUCUUUGCCCUCUGCUGGCUGCCCCUGCACAUUACGAACUGCGUCAUCCUCUUCUGUCCUGGGUGCGAGGUGCCCAAGAGGGCCAGGUAUGUUGGCAUUUUCAUGUCGCACGUCAACUCUGCCGUCAACCCCCUGGUGUAUGCCUUCCGCAUCGAACGCGUCCGCGCCAUGCUCGCCCAGACACUGCGCCAGUUCUGGGGGAGACCGAAGAGCGCCCGCCCGACCGCCCACCUCGCCCUGAGCACCCCGGGCGGAAAGCAGCAUGUUUAUUUCCUUAAUAUCAUCAACGGCCUCAAACAAGUGCAACCGCAAGAUAAAUUUUGA